AUGGAUUGGGGCCGGUCAGCGAAGCACGGGUCGUUUUCCUUGAGGAACUGUUUGGUGAGGGCCGGGGAGGAGACCACGAUGGCUGGGACCUGUCCCAGCAUCAGGUGCAUGAUUGGGCCGUGCUGUCUGGAGAGGUCACGUAAGGAGCGGAAAGGGAGGGAGCCCAACUGGUGGAGGUUGCCGAUGAGGGGGAGCUUUUUUGGGCCUGGUGGGAGGUUUUGGGCCUGUCUGGGCCCGGUGAAUAUCUUGAGUAGGAGGAGGAGGAUGAAAGGGGCUAGGAGGGAGAUUGUUGUGGCUAGGCUCAAGUGA